GGCUUCAUGGCGCUCUGGGUGACUGCAGUCCUGGCCCUCGCCUGCCUUGGUGGUCUCGCUGCCCCAGGCCCGGUGCCUCGACCCAUGACGCCCCCUGUGGCCCUCAAGGAGCUUAUUGAGGAGCUGAGCAACAUCACACAAGACCAGAGGACUCCCCUAUGCAACGGCAGCAUGGUGUGGAGCAUGGACCUGACAGCUGGCGGGUUCUGUGCAGCCCUAGAGUCCCUGACCAACAUCUCCAGUUGCAAACCCAUCUACAAGACCCAGAGGCUAUUGAGUGGACUCUGCACCCGGAAGUCCGCUGGGCUUUCCAGUCUCCCAGAUACCAAAAUUGAAGUGGUCCAGUUUAUAACCACACUGCUCAGCUACUCAAAGCAACUCUUUCGCCACGGCACCUUCCAGUGA